GCCCUCUAACUUUAGACUUCUGUUGGCAGACUCAUUUCUCCAACUUUAGACUUCUGCUGACAGACCCCACCCUGCUACCAGAGAUAUUACUGCCUGCUUCAGCCUCGCCGCAGAAGAGGACACUGUUAUCAUGGCCUCAUCCACUGACAAAAGCACCACAGAUCAAAAGGUUCCAGACGAGGACGGAACUCCUGCAGUGAAAGACGUCCAGUCCCACUACCUACGCUGUGCCUCACCAAGUUUUUCCAUGGUGUCAGAUUGUUUCUCUACCAUCUCAGACAGGUUCUCUAUGAUUUCUGGGUCAGAUGCUGAGAGCAUCUUCAUGGAUCCCAUUCACCUCUCCUCAGCUAUUGCUGCCAAACAGAUUAUCAAUGAGGAAUUGAAGACCAAAGAGAUAAAGUUGACUUCAACUCCAGAAAGCAUGCUGGAGACUGCAGAGCAGCUAAUGGUAGAAGACCUGUACAACCGUGUUAAGGACAUGAUUGAUGACCGCAGCCCAUACAACACACCCUGUGUGCUAGACAUCCAGAGGGCUCUGGUUCAGGACCGCCUGGAGUCCCCAAUAAAUCCAGUGGAUGAAGUCUGGCCUAACAUCUUUAUUGGAGAAAAAUCAGUAGCAGUCAACAAACCUCGUCUGAAGCGUCUUGGCAUCACUCACAUCUUGAAUGCAGGCCAUGGGACUGGAGUCUACACAAGCGAGAGCUUCUAUCAGGGAAUGAACAUUACAUACAAAGGCAUCGAAGUUGACGAUUUCCCUGAUGCAGACAUCUCACCACAUUUGAGAACAUGUGCUGAGUUUCUGGAUGAAGCCUUGCUGACUCAUAGGGGUAAAGUGCUGGUGGACUCCAUGAUGGGAAUAAGUCGUUCAGCAGUGCUAGUUGCUGCCUAUUUAAUGAUCUUUCAUAACAUGACCAUUAUGGAGGCACUGAUGGAAAUCAGAAAGAAACGCGCAAUCUGUCCCAACGAGGGCUUCCUAAAGCAGCUGCGCGAGCUCAAUGAAACCUUGAUGGAAGAGCGAGAUGACGAUGAUGAUACUCUCAGCCAGUGCUCUGUAAUUGAUGCUCGGGCUCGCCUCGAUGAGGAAGAAAGCAUGUUUGGAGUCAAGGCCAACUCCAUCAUGGUGGAAGAGGAGGAAGACACCAUGAGUGUUAUGAGUAGUGUGGCCUCCUCUGCUGCUGCUGCAGCCCUCAAGGCUGGCCUUCUCAGAGGCCCGAACAGGCCUGACCAAAGGCCAACUACAAAAGACCCUUCCCUUCCUGGGAAAGACGGAGAGGACGAAGAUGAAGAUGUGGACAAAAUGAUUCAGGAGUGGCAAAAACGGAAUGAGAAGUUCAAGAGUGAGGAAUGGUGGGAGGCCCAACUAAUGUGUGAGGAGGAGGAUAAUGAGACUCUUGCAGAGGCAGGAAAAUGUCCCGCUCCACGGCCAGAGGAUCUGGAGAGCGUGACCAGCGAGGAUGUGCAGAUGGUGAAGGAGAGGCUCAAACGCCGACCUCACUGCCCCGCCUCCGACUCCAUGUCUACCGCAAGCUGCAGCAGCUACACUGACCUAUGGAAGCAACGUCUCAGAGAGAUUGAGGAGCAAGCGACCGCAAAAUAUCACUUCAAGGAAACAGAUGAGGAUGCAAGCACUGAGGCAUGCCAAAAGAAGAUAGAUGAUGAUGUGAAGAGCAUACUCUCUGACUCGAGUUCCAUGUACUACUUCUGUCAGAAGAACAAGGAAAAUCUAACCCCUCUACAGCGCUGGAAGAUCAAGAGAAUACAGUUUGGUUGGAACAAGAAAGAAACAGAGGCUGAAAAGGGCAGUGGGGAGCAAAAAGAAGGUGAGGCAGAAACCCCUGCUCCUUCUCUGGAAGACAUCAACUUAACAGCUUAUCAGACAUGGAAAUUGAAGCAACAGAAGAAAUAUGGUGGUGAAGAGAACAAGGAUGAAAUUCUAGAGAUGAGUCGUGGAGAAGAUUCAGCCACAGUCAAGAGGAGACAGCGGAGAGAAGAAAUACUGGAGCGCUCCAGAAAAACACUAGAGGAGAGCCAAUCAGUGUGUGGCUGGGAAACUGAGAGCUCACUCAGUGGUAGCUGCAUCCCACUGUCUGCUUUCUGUGCUGGUGCUUUCCCUUCUGCAAGUGUUGCAGGAGAUGAUAACAUGUCCAUGUUGAGUGGCAGAUCAUCUGUCCUAUCAGGCCGUAGCACAUGUUCCCAGCCCUCUGUCCCACCUGCUCCACCUGAGCCACCCGCCCCGGUGCUGGGACCCAAUGGAGAACAAAUGGUUAACAUAGAAAACAUCCAGAACUGGAUUGCAAAUGUGGUCAAUGAAACCCUUAGACAAAAGCAAGCAGAAAUGAUAAUAGGAGGAAGCCUUCCUCCAUCGCGAGCAGGGUCAGUUCUCAGUUUGGGUGCUAACUCAGCUGUUCAACCUGGACGUGGAGUGGAUGAUGAUAAGACCUCUAUGCUCAGUGGAACAUCAUACCCCAGCUUGUUAUCCUGCAAUAAGGCUGAAUCAGUGUUUUCUGCUGGCAGUAGGGCUACGUCUGUAACAGGUGAAAGGGCAGAGUCCAUUUUAUCUGCUGGUGGAGCAUCUAGUCUUUCCUCUGUUUCUGGUUUAGGUUCCCGCAGGAGCAAGAUCACCACCACCAGUGUACCCCUGUACAGUCUCUUCCAAGACCAGGUAAACCUGCAUAAACUCAAUACAAUGGAGAAAGAAAUUCAGUCCGAUAUGAGACAGAAGAUGGCUUCCUAUGAGAUGAAGAAAAUUACAGAAGACAAUAAGCGUAGCACAUUGUAUAAGAAGAAGAAGCAAAAGGGUGAGGAUGAAGACAAGCAGGAUGAGAGUGGCCUUGGAAACUCAGGAUCUAAAUCAAAUGGAUUUAACACUGAAGAUUCAUCUGCCCUCACCUGUGACAAACAAAAACCCAAAAGAGAUUACGGCCGUUCGGGAAUACUCAACCUUCCUGCCUCAGCAAACCCAACUUGCAGUAUCGAUGAAUGGCUGAAAAAUGUAAGACCCCCCACAAGUAAGCCGAGACGUUAUGGUGAAGAUAUAACUGAGCCUCGCAUGUCAAGGUCAACGUAUGAAGAACCUCCGGAGCUUUCAGAGUUCGAUUUUCCAAGCCAAAGAAGUUCAGUCAUAGCACAGGAAGGUGAGGAAGAAGACUAUGACAUUGCUUCAAGAUUCACCUCCCAAUAUAAGGUUGACACUGACUCUGAUUUAAGCAGAGAUCCCAGUCCAGAAUUCAACUAUCAUUCCACGAGGAUGCCCCCUGGACCAGACCUCUCAUGCAAUGGAACAUCAGAGCCUAGCCAUUGCAGAACUGGAAGACUGUAUUCUAGACAUGUCACAGAGGAAGAAGACAGUUACCAGGAAUACUCAGCAAAGCGGAAAUUUACUCACUCUUCAAGAUUUGAUGACAGUGACAUAGCAGGACAAAAUAGGACAAGGCAGGAAGAAGAGGAAGAUGAGGAGGUAUCUGCUUUUAUCAAUCGGAUCAGACAAAAGGCAAGAGAACGUGUAGCAGCGGAGUCACAAGAUAAUGAAGUCCUUGCUGCAUGGAGGAAGCAAAAGGAGGAAAAAUCACUUACUAAAAGAAAUGACUCCUAACAAAACACCCUGUUGUUUAUUUCCAGAGGGACUUAAUCUAAAUGUUUCUUAUGAGACAAAUUUCAUAGUAUAGUGACCUGAGAAUUUACCUACAUGCUUCUGGUUCAUCAUAUAAAUGGUAUGAGCAUAAAUUUUAAAAGCACAGAAUGACCAAGGGUUUUUUAGUGAUGUCAUUGGGAAUCAAGAACCCUCAGUAAUUAGUGAUGAUCAGUCCAUAUUAACUAUGCCAAUAUUCUAUUGUACUUCACAUAGACUACUUUGCAAAACGGUAAAAAAUAAAUUAAUUAAUUAAUAAAUAAAUAAUAAUAAUAAUAAUAAUAAUGUUCAAACUUAACAUUAAAGCCACAUUAAUUUCUUAAAACAUUUUUAAACCAUGUCUCUUGUAUAUUCACUGUAUUUGUUCUUGAAAACAAUUACUUUAAAAUGCUUAGAAUGCUUUAAAAUCUAUGAUCUGAAGAUAAAUAAACAUAUCUGUAACCCAGAUUAAAAUGAAAUAAGCAAC